GGUGAUACUUUGGUCCAAAUCCUAGUUCAUUCUUGAACAAUGUCUUCUGGUGAUGACCGUGCCAUUCACUUCUUCAAGAAAAUUGAUGCAGACACACUUCGAAACGGGGAUCUGAGAAUACCUCGGAGUUUUGUGAGUAAAUAUUGGGAAGAUAUAUCAAAUCCACUGCAUCUUCUUCUUCCCAAAGGUGGUGAAUGGGAAGUGAAGUGGAAGAAAGUUGGUGCUGACGUUUGGUUAAUUGAAAAAUGGAAGAAAUUUGCAGAAUUUUAUUCUUUGGAUGAAGAUAAUCUCUUGAUGUUCAAAUAUGUGGGUAAUUCUCAGUUUGAGGUGGUGAUACUUCACCCAACUGGCUUGGAAAUUAUGUACCCUUUAAAGGAAGCAACUUUAGAUCAUGCAGAGAAUCUUAAUGGUAAUGGUAAUGGUAAUUCUUCACGCCACUUCAAGAAGACGAAAUCUUUUUUACCACGUUCUCAUUUCUCCAAGAAGGUGAAAACCAACCGUAGAAACCAACGUAAUAUCUCUGAAGAUGUUGCAAAUGGAAGUGCUCUAUCUCGAAGGAUCAAGGAUGAGUUAAAUGAGCAACAUGCAAAUGGUUUUCUUGGUACAAAAUUCCAUAAAAGAGGUAGAAAAAGAAAAGCCUCUGUCUGCAUGAAGUCUUCAAACUCAAAGAAAAGGGCUUUUUCAACUAGAAGUGGCUCUGCUAUGGAGAGAGCUCAAUCUUUCCACUCUGUGAAUCCCGUUUUCAUUCGUGAAAUGCAGCGAUCAUAUGUUGAAAGAAAUAUUAUGGCGAUGCCGCGUAGUUUCAUAACAGUAGAUGAAGAAAAUGAGCACCUUGUUACUCUUUGGACUUCUGAAAGCGGACCUUGGUGUGUUUAUUUUUCUCGGAAUAAUAGCAGUAACCAAAUAAAUCUUACUACUGGGUGGAAGAGUUUUGUAAAAGAUAAUAACUUGAAACUAAGGGAUGUAUGUGUUUUUGAGAAAAUCAAGAAACCGGGACUUUCAUUCAAAGUUAUAAUUUUUAGAGACACAGAAGAAUCAAGUUCUCCUAAGUUUUCAGAUCAUUCAAUUCCUGAAUGCAAAGAGAGGGAGUUAGAGAAUUCCUUCAGUGUCUGCAUCAAACCUACGGAUUUACAUACUGUGAAUCUUCCAAGGAUUUUCUUCGAAGAUCAUGAUAUUCUUCAUUCAAAUGAAGUGACCCUGCAAGUUGGGGAGAGAACAUGGAAGGUGAAGAUAGAUUCUCGCUGUAGAUUUUCAUGUGGUUGGUGUGUUUUUAUCAGAGGAUGUGAAUUGAAGCCUGGAGAUAUUUGUCGCUUCAAGUUGAUCGAUAAGAAGAAGAUUGUGUUUCAAGUUACCAUUGUAACAUGCAUCGAGUGAUGUUUGUCAAUGAUGUUUGUUUCUCUCUAUGUUACUUUUGAAACCUAUCCAGUUUAAUGUAUGUUUUUUAAUGAAUUUGACAUU